AUUUUCAUUGUUAUUUGCCAUGAUAUAUAAGCAGAAACUGUUGUUUAGUUGCUCAAGCAUUUACAUUGCCUGCUCAAUCGCAGUUGUGCUGUUCUUGUUCAUGCAGCUGAGCAGUAAACAGCACGUUGAAACUAUAUACUUUCAACAAUAUGCGAAGUACUCGGAUCAACAUAGCACUAGUAAUGAAAAUUGUCCAGAGUAUUCGCAAAGAUUGAAAGGGAAACUCAAAGUCAAUUCAUCUGUUGUACCAACGGAGGAUGCAGCCAUGAAAAUGGCGGGUGAACGCGUUAUAAAUGGGUGUUACGAACCGAAAGAUUGCCAUUCCAAUCAGACGGUGGCUAUAAUAGUGCCGUACAAAAAUCGACACCAGCAUCUCAUAACGCUUCUGCAUCACUUGCAUCCAAUUUUGCAAAGACAAUCGUUGAAAUAUUGUGUGUUUGUACCCGAACAAUACGACGACGGAGCAUUUAACAAAGGACGUAUAAUGAACGCGGGAGUUUUGGAAAUUCUACAUGAGGCUAGAUACGAUUUCGACUGCCUUGUAUUCCAUGAUGUCGAUAUGCUACUCGAAGAUGAUCGAAACCUGCACAUCUGUGGUGAUGCACCACGUCACUUGUGCCCCGCUAUUGAUAAAUUCAACUAUAAAGUGAGGUACGGAACGGGAUUUGGUGGCGUGGGAUCGAUCAGAGUCGACCAAUACAAGCUAGUAAACGGCCAUAGUAACAGAUUUUACGGUUGGGGUGGUGAAGACAGUGAUAUCGAAUGUAGGUUCAAAUUGAAUGGGUUAAAAACAGAAGCUAACGAUCCACAAUUCGGUCGUUAUAAAAUGAUACCACAUGAACAUCCUUGGCAAUUUGAACCAAAAAGUGGUAUUGGAAGUCAUUUUCAAGCACGGGAUACAAAACUUUUUGAUAUGAAUGAAAUAAUAUUUCCAAAAUCUGAUCCUAGUGGUAUGAAUAACAUGAAAUACGUCGUGAAGAAUAUUUUUAGACAUAAACUUUACACAAAGAUAAAUGUUGACAUUAGGAUCUUUGUGGUCAAUAAGGCAACCGUUAGAUUCGUUGGAAAUUCUAAUAAAGUGAUAGUAGAAAACCCAUUUUUAACGAAUGAUAGACUAGACAAUGAAAAAGAGAAUUCGCGCAUUCAAGGAUAUGGUCUAGAUGCCGGGGACCAAUAUCCUAAUCAUGAAUGCACGUACAAACAUUUCGAAGGGAAAACUGUCAACUUGACAUUAGGUCAAAAAGUUAGUGGUACGUACGACAUCCCAUACCGCAAUCUAGAAGAAGCCAAGUCAAAAUGCUCAAAUUUACAACGGUACUGCGGAUCUAUUGUGGAAACGUCUCCUGGUGUGUAUUUUCUACGUUCUUCCUCUUAUCUUCAUGAAAAUAUUCUAAAAUACAAAUUUGGUCGUCAUCGCCAAAGCAUAUUUACCGAAAGACAUGAAGACAUUUCGGUAUACGUUAAAAUUUGUUCAAGGGAUAUCCGUUAUUUACAAAUAUUUGAAGCACCUGUGAUAUUACAGGAUGAAUUUCCAUUGAAAUCGAUCGAACACCAAGCUGAAGUUGAACUUCUUGUGUAUAACUUUGAAGACGUCAAAUUGAGUUACUCGGUUUCUGUGUAUACAGCACACAAUGCAAUCCUGAAAGAGAGGGAGGCAGUUUUUAACACGUCACUCGGAAUAUAUGAUUCUUUGAUAUUCACAUAUUCAAGUUCAGUGGAAUUCUUUAGCAUGAGUUCAUCGAAUAAGUUUGAAGCCGUGAUAGGAAAAUCUAAACUUAAUAUGGAGACGUUAGUAGAAAAACGGAAAAGUUUUCGAAUCAAAACACCAAAAAUGAAGCUGCUUCUCUAUCCAGGCUGCUAUGUUUGCGAAAGCGUUAUAAAAGAUCAAUUUGGCAGUCCACAUAUGAAAUGGAAGUGGUGGUUCGAGAUUAGAGGAGCAACUCCGGAUAUGGAAAUUAAACUACUAGAAAAUAACUUGCGCGUUGCCAAAGUAAGGAGUACAAAAUUUACAGAAAAACUAACAGAAAGAUUGUUUCAAAAAUAUCCUUCAAUAAAACACCUUCAAAUAGGGGACACUGCUAUUAUAGUUUAAUUCAACGUGAUCAAAAUGUUCUGAUGCAGGGAAUCUUCUGAAAACUACUAUAUUACGUAUUGGCGCUGCUAAACGCAGGAAAUCGGGGUGACGCAUUCUGACCAUUUAGAGUAGACAACCAGGUGGUGGGAUUCAAGGGGUUGAGUAGAACCCUUUCUUGAAAGCGGUAUUAUCAGCUGACCUGUUUUCACAAUUUUGAAUCCCACCACUGAGACAACGACCGUAUCCAUCAGGAAACGACCGCAAAAGAUAUGACAUUUUUGUGAACACUUGCCAUAACUUGAAGGCAAAGAUUGGGUUCAAGUUGAAUUUUCCAAAUAUAUACCUGUAAAUAUGUGCGAUUGUAAAAAAUCAUUUAAUGGUGUCGCGAGAUAACGAUUUAACAGGAUCCCGUUAUGCUAUUCAAACUGUUUUCAAGUCUAUUUCACAAUUUGUCGACUGAAUAAAAUUUUAUGCAAAUUAUAACAUUGGAGUUCACGGCAAUGAUAUGAGCGGCAUUAGGCCGCGACUGGUCCACUAAUAGGCAAGUGUAAAGUGUUACACUCGGUACAGUUGUGAACUUGUGACACCUUUUUUUACAGAUGGUCAUUUAAAAAAAAAAACUGUUUAACUGUGUUUAAAAAAAGUCCUAGGAAUUGUAUCAUAUUUUCGGUACAAGUUAAGAAUAUCCAAAACUCAAUUAAAUUUAUUUGAGCCUGAUUAUAGAAUACGCUUUUUUUCUCACACAGACCAGAAAUAAUAAUUCUAUAAACAUGCAUUGAAAGCCCAAUAUCUCAAAGCUUAUAGUUGACUUAAGUUGGAGAAUUUUUUCUACUAAGAGUAUGAUCUUGUAGUGUGUACUUUUCAUACAAGUUCUCGUUUUUCCAUGGUUACUAUAACUUUAUAAUCGAGAGUUGUAUUUUCAUAUGCUCUUGUGGUAUCCUGUUUAUAUUGUCAUUUUCCGUGUAUAUGCCGUAUGUUCUGCAGAUUUCAUGCUCCAGUACUAUUCUUAUUGCGCCUGUAGUUAUUUAUACCUCUAUCAACUGAAAAAUAUGAUAAAAUAGCAAUUGUCGCCGUCACAUGCUCGUUGCGGGUUACGCCAUUUUGGCUCACACAUUAGGCUUACUAAAACAAGUAAUACUACUUUUAUUCAUUGAAGAAUGUCCUGAACAUAAACCAGCGCGUUGUCUAUUAACCCAUAAAUCAUUGUGACUCACCUCAUUCCCGUAGUUUAUUUGUAAUCUGUUGUUGUUGUUGGACACGUAGUGGACAUAACGAUCGUUUCAAUAUUAUGUUGUUGUUCUUGUUCUUGUUCUUUGACACGUUUUUAAAAAGUCGCUUUUCUCUUCGAGUACUGGACCAAUUGCUUUGAAA